GGUGUUGACCCGAUUUUAAACCUAGCAGCUGCUCUGGGACCAGAACUUAUUCUCAACUAGAUUUCUUAACCUGAAAACUUUGAAAAUUUCCUUCAGUUUGAUUUAAAUACAGAGACUGAAUGCUCCUCCUGGACCAGGACAACAGACCUGAGUCAGAGCCAGGACCAGGACCAGGAUCUCGAGAAGUCUGAAUCAAGUCUCACCUCAAAUGUUUGACUGCAGGACAUGAUCCUCACUCAGAUCCUGUUUGAUUUUUAAACUCUGGAUUUUAACACUGAUUUUCUCUCAGAGACACAAACACAUCAAAAGGAAACAAUGAGUGGCCAGACAGACACAGCAAGACGAGGAGGAGGUUGGAGUGCCUUCCUCAGUGCUCACCGCUGCCCAGAAGUUGACAUGUUGCCUCACCAAAAUGCUGAGCCACAAAUCCCUCCAUUAUGUUCUCUAGUCCCUGCAGAGAAGACCUCUGAGUUCACCUGCACAGGUGAGAGUGAGGCAGAUUAUCUGGACAUCUGCUCCACCCAUGGCUCCAAAGCACAGGAGGAGGAGGAAGAUGAGGGGAGCAUCAGUGACUGGUCAGAGGAAGAUCUUUCCCUCCACUUCUCUCCCUCUGUCAUUGUCCAAUCCGAUGAUGAGUCUGUUCCAGAGAGUGGCUUUGAGUGCAUCAAUAUCACCAUGGAGACACAAAUGAAAGGUCAAGAUGGAGAGGGGCUAAAGAUGGUUCCUAAACGUCAGAUUCAGUUGAAGAAAAAGAAGGAUGGCAAGGACAGUGUUGAACAGAUGAUACUGAAGGAUGGACCUGCUGAGGACAGAGGAGUUAAUACUGAUGCAUCAGCCAAUGAGCCGAUAUGUUCCACUGCUCGUCCCUGGCCAGACCUGCUGUUACGGCAACACAGUAUGCCAGCGUCCUUCCACGCCACCUCAAGGACCAGCAGUGAUGCUGACAGCUACAAGGUCUACAAGGGCUUGCUCAAGGGGGCUGCCCAAGGGUUCCUAGUUGGAGGAACCUCGAGGCGUCUUCAGAAGUCUUUCUCUCUGGAUGAAACCAAAACAAAGAUGGCAUCCUGCCUCAUUAAGAACGUGCUAUCAAAGAAGAUGCAGGUGGAACAGAACAACUUGAGGAAGAACCCGUAGGUCUCACCUUUCCUACCUCCACCUGAGAAGCAGCAGGGGGGCCAGACAGGUGGAAUUGCAUCCAGAGCUCCAGUUCAUGUGGUGAGAGACAUGAGGAGUUUAGUCAAACACACAUACAGCCACUCAUUCACUACAACAACAUCAGUAUCAUGUGACAAUAAUGCAACAAGAAGAUUCAAAGCAAUUGGCCAGGAGGACAGCCCUCCUCCCGCCUACCAGCAGGAAGUGGGAGUCAAAGGUCACGUCUCCAAGGUUGCUGCAUCUUUCAGCCAAUCACAAGACAAGAAGCAGAGUAAACCAUUUAGACAACCAAUCACACAGCAGAGACGAGGCAGUGAGCUAAUCAUCAGCGCAGAAUUAACCCUGUUAGACCCACCCACUAUGAAACCCAACCAAUCAGAGAGAGCUAUGACCCAGCCACCACACUUUGCUGAGAAACAGAGUUCCAUCCUGGGCAUGAUUGCUCCAUCUGCCCCUUGCUCCUCCCAGCAGCUCCUGCAGCCCACCUUCCCUGCUGCUAUGCACCCUCACUUAGGGAAGGUUGGCUAUGUUCACACACCCCUGAGCUACGUCCAGACACAGCAGCCCACACCUGAUCCCAGCAACCACCUA